UCGCGGGGCGUUGGCGAGACCAGCUUCUGAAUGUGGCUUGUGCUUGGCUUCGAACCUCAAAGCAUUUCGGAUUUCAAAAAAGUUCCAGACGGGCCGCCAGGAUUGGGAGAGUUGAAACGCGAGGCUGUACCUCCUUAUGAUUCUGUUUAUGCCCUGCUCACCUUCCAGAAAACGUGGAAAUAAAGAACGAACGAGCGCCGCGUGACCGGCCUUCCCUCUUGGGGCCGCAGCCCUGUUUAAUUAAAGUGGGAACCGAUGCACUGAAGGAGGCAAAGGUUUUACCCUGCCCACUCACCCAAGGCCCCUUGAGACCUUGCAGAUUAAUCUACGUUGUAGCUAUUCGGACGUUCUGCGGAGGAGGGUCUGGGUGUGUUUGAGUGGGAACUCGGAAAUCAGGUUCCCGGGUAUUCCGGAAACCGAGUUUGGACACCACCACACCCACAGCGUGGGAUUCGUGAUUGUAUCUCGAGUUCCUGGGACUUCACCAUGUAUCUUGGUUCUUGGUUAGGUCGUCUAUGCAGGGGUUUAUCCAGACCCAUCGGAAAGACGCCCCAGCCAGCCUGGGGUUCUCUCUCCAGAAGUCUGGCGUUGAGUUCACAGAGAAUUCCAGAAUUGAGUAGCUUUGUUGCUCGGACCAACACAUGUGGAGAAUUGCGUUCUUCCCACUUAGGCCAAGAAGUCACUCUGUGUGGAUGGAUUCAGUACCGAAGGCAAAACACCUUCUUAGUCCUAAGAGACUGGCAUGGUCUUGUUCAAGUCAUCAUUCCCCAGGAUGAGUCGGCUGCGUCUGUGAGGAAGAUCUUAUGUGAAGCCCCUGUGGAAUCUGUGGUGAAAGUGUCUGGGACAGUGAUCUCCCGGCCUCCAGGACAAGAGAAUCCAAAAAUGCCAACAGGUGAGAUUGAAAUCAAAGCUAAAACAGCUGAGCUCCUGAAUGCCUGCAAGAAGCUUCCCUUUGAAAUUAAAGACUUUGUGAAGAAAACAGAAGCUCUUCGUCUGCAGUAUCGGUACUUAGAUCUGCGAAGCUUCCAAAUGCAAUACAACCUGCGGCUAAGGUCGAAGAUGGUCAUGAAAAUGCGGGAAUAUCUCUGUAAUCUGCAUGGGUUUGUGGAUAUAGAAACCCCGACGUUGUUUAAGAGGACCCCAGGGGGUGCCAAAGAGUUUUUAGUACCAUCCAGGGAACCAGGAAAGUUUUAUUCUCUCCCUCAAAGUCCUCAGCAAUUUAAGCAGCUUCUGAUGGUUGGUGGUUUAGACAGGUAUUUUCAGGUUGCCCGGUGUUACCGAGAUGAAGGUUCAAGACCAGAUAGACAGCCGGAGUUUACUCAGAUUGACAUAGAGAUGUCUUUUGUAGACCAGGCUGGCAUCCAGCAUUUAACUGAGGGUUUGCUGCAGUAUUCCUGGCCUGAUGACAAAGAGCCUCUCGUGAUUCCUUUUCCUUCUAUGACUUUCGCUGAGGCACUGGCCACCUAUGGCACGGAUAAGCCAGAUACUCGCUUUGGAAUGAAGAUUGUGGAUAUCGGUGAUGUGUUCAGAAACACAGAGAUCAGAUUUCUUCGGGACGCACUGGCCAAGCCCCAAGGAACUGUCAAAGCUAUAUGUGUUCCUGAAGGAGCAAAGUACUUUAAAAAGGAAGACAUUGAGUUCAUUAAAAAUUUUGCAGCUCACCAUUUCAGUCAGGAAGUCCUGCCUAUAUUCCUGAAUGCCAAGAGGAACUGGAGUUCACCAUUUGCUAAAUUCAUAAAAGAGGAGGAAAGAUUGGAAUUAGCCAAAUUGAUGGAGAUAAAAGAAGAGGACAUGGUACUACUGACUGCUGGGGAGCAUGAGAAAGCAUGCUCUCUGUUGGGAAAGUUACGACUAGAGUGUGCAGACCUUUUGGAAAUGAGGGGAGUGGUACUCCGUGACCCAGCAUCGUUCUCUUUCCUUUGGGUGGUAGACUUCCCACUCUUCCUUACCAAGGAAGGAAGUCCCACAGAGUUGGAGUCAGCCCACCACCCAUUUACUGCUCCUCACUCCAGUGACAUCCACCUCCUCUAUACUGAGCCUGAAAAGGUUCGUGGCCAACACUACGACUUGGUUUUAAACGGCACUGAGUUAGGAGGUGGCUCCAUCCGAGUUCACGAUGCACAGCUACAGCAGUACAUCCUGGCAACAUUACUAAAGGAAGAUGUGCAACUGCUUUCCCACCUGCUCCAGGCUUUAGACUGUGGAGCACCCCCUCAUGGAGGAAUUGCCUUAGGGUUAGACAGACUGGUGUGUCUUGUCACAGGAGCAUCCAGCAUCAGAGAUGUCAUAGCCUUCCCCAAAUCCUACCGAGGGCAUGACCUCAUGAGCAAUGCCCCCGAUUCUGUGCUUCCUGAAGAGCUGAAGCCUUACCAUAUCCAGGUCUCGUGGCCAACAGACUUGGAAGAGGAGGAGAAAGCCUCAGCCACACCUUCCAACCACCUGAGCUCCUAAUAAGAUCCAGACCUGCCACAGACUUUAGAAUCAAGUCUCUAUGGAAGCAAUCAUCUCUGAGUAGAAAAAAACCACACUGUGGUGAUUUGGUAACAUGUACUGUUAGGACUUCUGUGAUUAGGAUUUUCGUGGGUGUUUUCUAAUUGAAGAAUUGUAAAACAAAACAGAAAA